GUCAUAAAUGUGUCUCCAGAAGUCCGUCCGUGCUGGGGCAGCGACUACAGUCAAGAUGGAGACCGUUAAUGCCGGCCAGACGAUGAGCUUAGCGGCUCUGCAGAGACAAGACCCGUACAUAAACAAGCUCCUCGAUGUGACCGGCCAGGUGGCUCUCUACAACUUCAACUCCAAAGUGAACGAAUGGGAGAAGACUGAGAUCGAGGGGACCCUUUUUGUUUAUGCCAGGUCCGCCUCGCCUCACCAUGGCUUCACCAUCAUGAACCGUCUGAGCACGGAGAACCUGGUGGAGCCCAUCAACAAAGACCUGGAGUUCCAGCUGCAGGAUCCCUUCCUUCUCUACAGGAAUGGAAACUUGGGUAUUUACAGUAUUUGGUUCUAUGACAAGAGGGACUGUCAACGCAUUGCCCAGCUGAUGGUCAAUAUUGUUAAACAAGAGGCACACCAUGCCCAGAGAGAUUCACCAGAGAGGGCAGCGUCAGGGAGGACCAAUGGUGUCGCAGAACCACGACCCUUCGACAUCCUGGAACUACUCAGCAAAGCCAAGGAUGAAUACCAGCGAGCCCAGGCAGGUGAAACAGAUGUGUCUGCAGAGGCGAAUGGAAAAGCAGCUAUUAAUGCCACAGUGCAGGCGCACAGCACUCCACAACCUGAAAAGAGCUCUCGUACAAUGGUGAAGCAAAUCACAGUCGAGGAGCUCUUUGGCUCGUCCUUGCCUAAGGACCCCCCCCUACCCACCCUGCUGGCACCAAAUGCCCCCCCUGCUUCCAGUGACAAUGACCCCUCCACUGCUUACCUCCAGAACCAGUCUUAUCCCACUCCGGCCCACCACAACCCCGUCUUUCCUCCCCAUCUCUCAACCAAAGACCCCGGGGCGAGUCAGCGGCACCAAGUCCCCGGCCUGCUCCCAGCGCCGUACGUCAUGCACCCCAGCCCCGUUUUCCAGUCAGUGGCUCCUCGGUCCGACCCCCAGCCUCGCUGUUCAGUCUCCCCUCUCAUGGUUCUUCAAGCCGGCUCGGAGGCCCGUGCUGGUCCCGCCGUUGUUUCAGCACCUCCCACGCUGUAUUUAGGACAGGAGAUGCUCAACACUCUCAAAGCGGCGGUGCCAUCUGUGAAUUCGGACAUCCACAAGCCCAUGUUGGCACCCAACUUCCUGCCGAGUGCGCUGUUCCCCCCCCACAGCUUCAGAGAACCUGCAGGGAAUCCUCUUCUCCAGCACAGCAGUGACAUGGAUGUUUAUUCUCAGUCUCCAAACCUGAUGAAAGCAAUGUCUGCUGUCCCCAUGAGUCCGGGUCUUGCUUUUCCAAUGCCGCCGAUUUCUGUGCUUCUCUCCCCCAGCGCCUUCCAGCAGUCCGUCAGUAAGACACCAGCAGCAGCAUCAGUGGUCCCAGCUGGCCCAGCUGAGCCCUCCUGCGCCUCUGUAGGAGCUUCAGAGGCUCCACAGGCAGCCUGCAGCAAAACGCAGCUACAGGAUACUCUCAUACACCUCAUUAAGAACGACCCGGAUUUCCUCGGCGCCAUCCACGAUGCUUAUCUGCAGAGUUUGUCCAAGGACCUCGGCAACAUGAAACUAUAGUCCACGUCGACCCCCCAGGACGGUGCCCUCCAGUGCUGCCACCCCUCAGCGUCCUUUAAAGAAUCCAGAGGUCAAUGUGACUUAAAGAAAGUGCCGACACCGUUUCCCUUCCCUACAACCCUUCAAAGGUAGUCCGUGAUCUAAGGCCUCUUACAGCAUGCAGCACGUCCUUGGACUUCCUGCUCCUGCCUCCCAACAGGGUUUAGUCGUUUUGUUCUGCGUCCUCUUGGAUCUACUUUUGUCUGCUUUGUCCAACCAGAACUACUGUGGGAGAGAAAAGGACAAGAGACCACAGUAGAGCAGUAGGCCACGUCGAGCUGUUGCUGGAUGGAAUUCCCUCGAGGACGAGACCACUUCGGACCUUCAGGGACCUCAAAUCGUUUUGCUUUUGACCUUGUUGGAAAAGCGAAUUUGCAAUUUUAACAUUAUUGGAAUCAAAGACGCUGCUUCACUCUCUCCUCUCCCCCCGUGUGGACUUCUCGCAGUGAGGGGAGCACUGAGGACACACAAAGACUACUGAAUUAGAAGAAAGACCUCAGAACUGUUGUGGGGGGGGGGUCCAGACAAACUGUAUCUCUAUGGAAUACUCCUUUUCCCCGUUUCCACUAAUCCAACCUUCCCCUCCUGUACCGUACCAACAGCCACCACAGAUUAGGGUCUUUUGGGUUUGUCUCCGGAUGAGAGCGUUUAAGGUUUUCUUUCAACCCUCGUCCCAGGAAGAUGAAGCAGUUUCAGUAUUGUUUGGAGAAGAACUCUCCGCUACUCUUUUUAAAGUUACGUUACAGACUGACAUAAAAAAAACAGCUUCUAGCUGCGUUUCCCUUUCUCCACUUCUCUCCCCGUCCUUCUUCCUGCUCCUUCUUCUCCUCCACCAGCUGAGGUCAGUUCUUGAUGUCCUUUGAGGGGAUAGUGCAACAGGCGACAAGCACCAGCAUUUUGGGAUAUUUCAGGGCGGUACAGUUCAGUUCAUUCAUGUGAACCCUGGGAUUAUGCUUCUGCAACAAUGUAGAAUUUAAAUAUUGUGAGAAAAGCAAUUGCUAUCAAUUUUGACUUAUCAUUAACACGGCCAGCUUAAAGCUUCAAUUGCUUGAAAAAUCAAACAUACCGGUAAUUCAAACCGAUGAAAAAUAGAAACUACCUCCAUUCCUUUUUUCCAGAACCGUCAAACCUGAAGUCACAAAGACAGCCUUGUUGUUUGGAGGUUUGUCGUUUUUUUUUUUCCUCCCCUUUUUUUUUUUU